UCCGUUCCGUUUCAGGGCUAUUCACCACGUCCACGCACACAACUACAGCCGCAGCAUAACGCGUCGUCGUGUCGUUGGUGUGUCUACGUCACGUCGCUUCGAAUAUGUUUUAAUUUCGUGCAACUACAAGGCUUCUCAAUCGAUACAGAAUGCUCCCUCAAUUGCAUAACAGCAGCAUUUAUGCCUGAGUGUGUGUGUGUGUGAGACCGAAACACACCACACCACGCAGCCAGGCCAGCUAGAGACGGCAGUAGCAGAAACAACAACAACAAGGGCAUCAUCGGCUGCAUCGACCGGGCGCCACAGCACAGCCACGCGGUUCGGCAACUCACUGUGAAUUUAGCUGCACCUGGCAGGAUACCCAAUAUCGUUGGAUAUCAUUAGAUACAGCGGGAUUGCGAGUACGAGGCGAGGCUUAAGGCACUGGAACAGGCACAGGCUAUAUAAACAGGCUAGAAUGUUUCGCUGCUGACUAUCGAUAGAUAUUCGAUAGUCACGACCAUCGCCACCAACAACAGUAUUCAUUCGAACAAUUUUACAUAACUACAUCGCAGUCAUCGUCGUACGACUCGAGUGAGUGAUAUGGCCGUGUUCCUGAUCAACGUCUGUAAAUACAGUGGCUGCGGCAUCACAUUUCCAAGCUUAGGCGAUCUAAUAUCACACAUCGAGGACACCCAUAUAGACUAUGAUCCUAAGGUGGUCGAACAGAAGGAGCAGGCCCAGCCUGCAUGCUUGCCACUGAGCUACGUUCUGCGUUUCGUUACGGAGGACAAUCGCAAGGAGGCAACCACCUUCCUGGCCAACAACACCGCCCCACCUGCCACCAAUAGCGGCAGCAAUGCCGGCAGCCACGCCAGUGGCAAUGUGGAGCUCAAGCGGAAGCUGGCUAUCAAGCACCACAGCUACAGCAUGUCGUCGUCCAAUCGCAGCACCACGCCCACAGGCAGCGAAAUGGACGAGGAUGAAAUGGUUGUCACGGAGUCCGAGGACAGCAAUGAUUCCUGGACCACCGAGGAGUUUAGCUCCGAGUUUAUCAUGCGCUAUGGCAGCAGGCAUUCCGGCGGCGGAAGCAAUGGCACGCCUGGCAAUGAGAAACCCUUCGCCUGCCCUGUGCCCGGAUGCAAAAAGCGUUACAAAAACGUCAACGGCAUCAAGUACCAUUCGAAGAAUGGCCACAAAAAGGAUGGAAGAGUGCGAAAGGGCUACAAAUGCCACUGCGGGAAAAGCUACAAAACGGCGCAGGGCCUGAAGAAUCAUGCCCUCCACACCCACAACGCGCAGCCGGAGAGCGUGCUGACCACCCAGCAGGUGGCCAAUGCUGCGGCUGCCGCAUCUUCCGUGAGUGGUGGCAGCACCAACAGCAGUUCCAAUCCCACUCCGCCCGCCAUCCAGCGCAGCAACUCCCCAUCACAGUCGCUUGGCUCGCUGAGCCCGUCGAGCAUUAGCAACAUGUCGAGCAGCGCCAGCAGCUGUCAUGGGGGCAGCAGUCUGUCCAACAACAACAUCAACAACAAUGGCAACAGCAGCGGUAGCAGCCAGAACACUGCCCUCGUUGGGGGUGGCGGCGGCAAUAUGCUGCAGCAGCUUAGCACUGGGAACGUGGUCACCCUGACCAAUGUUCCAUCUCAGCAGCAACAGCAGCAGCAGCAGCCGCAUCCACAGCAGCAGCAGCAGCAUCAUCAGAACCACCACCAGAAUGGCGGCUCAGCAACAGGUAACAGCAACAACAACAAUUUAAUGCGCAGCACACUCGGUUUAGUAUCCAUAAAAGCCAAUAGCCACAGCAGCAACAACAACAACAGCAACGGGAACAACUCAAAUCCCAAGACUGUUAGCAACCUAAUGGCUGCCAAUGCAACGGCCAGCAAGAUACUCAAGCUGGCCACCAACGUGGCCAACGGUGGCUCGGUGGCGCCCAAUGUGGUGGACAUUGUCCAGCAGCACAAAAUCGUUGACCAAGUGGUCAAGACCAACAGCAAUGGCCCGACGGUGAUAAACAGCAGCAACAACAACGGCAACAAGAUGCCGCUGCCAAACUUGGUGAACCUUGGCAUACUCACGCCAGCCACCUCGCCCACCAAAAACACCCAGACGCUGACCUUCACCACUACCACUACGACCAAUAACAGCGUCGGCAACCAACAGCAACAGCAACACCACCAGCAGCAACAUCAACAGCAGCAGCAGCUGGUAGCCUCGCUCACGUCGAACAUGCAGAAGCACCAGAAGACCAGCAUCUUGCUUCUGCAGGAGCCGGCCACUCCUAGCCAGAUCCUACAGCCAGUCCAGGCGCAACAGCAGCAUAUGCAACUACAGCAGCAGAUGCAACAGCAACAACAUCAUGUGCUGCCAAUCAGUCCAACGAGCAGCGUCAGCGGCAACAGCAGCAAGAGCAGCUCUCCCACGCCACAACAACAACAGCAGCAACAACAGCAGCAGCCACUAAUAAAGAAAGGAAAAAUGGAGCCCAUCUCCGGCAUUGAGCCCAUGGAGACGGAUGAGCCGCCGUUGAAUGAUGCGAUCUCGGAGAGCGUGGCUGCGGUUAUAGCCACGAUCGCAGAAGCCAGCAACAAGGCAGCAGAAGAGGCGAAUGUGAUCUCAGCAGCAGCGGCAGCCAAUGCUUGCUCCACUGUCACUGUGGCGGCCAUUGAAGUUGUCGGCGCUGGCGCCACCAACGACGAGACGUAGCCUAUACUAAAGCAGCUACUGAUGCAUCGCCAACUGACGCUGGAGCCGCCCGAGGUGCCACAGCCGACCCAGCAGCAACCGCCACCGCCGCAUUGACAUGCAUCGUAAACGAAAAACUAUGGGGAAUGGAGACCACAGACCCCCUGAAAACAUUCUCAAGCUCGUUGCAAGCUCGUUUGAGCCGUAGUUUAUCCCCUUAGUUAACCUGUGACACCUAUGAUAUUAAGCCAAGAUCUGAGUGGGCCACAAGACACUCACCAAAACACCAUUGGAAACACAUUUCGUAGACUGCUUACAAGCUUAGAGACCACCAGGAACAUAAAUUGUGUUUUAAUUUUAAAUGUAAACCUUAGUUUUUACUCUCACAAGAAUCCGAAUCUACGGAGGAGCAGAAAUGGAGAGUCGACGAAGCCACAUAACAAAUCUCAUUGCUUGAGCAAUAUCCUUAAAUUCUUUAUAGUUUCAAAAGAGAGAGAUUUAUUAAUGAUUUAUUAUGAUUAUAUUAUCUGUAACAAAUGACUUUCAAGCUUGUAUUAAACUGCUGAUCUCCUCUUAAUUUAACUGUAACUUAUCGUUUAAUUUAGAACAUAGAGCCUAGAGGCACUCUCCCUCCUCCCAGACGAAGCAUUGACGAAAUUUGUAAUAAAAUGCAAAAGAGCAGGUGCAGAUGCAAUACUCUCGUAUUAUAAACG